AUAACUAAGCCGCUCUCUUUCUGAGUGCGAUACUAAGCAUUCCUAGUGAAACAAGGGAAACGGGUUAUUAAUGUUGUCCCUUUUAUUUCUGCUCAGAGAUUUACUCCCUUCUUGUGUGUUUUUGUAUUUAUGCGGAGUUUACAACACCUUGCCUGAUUUACCACAAUGCAUCUCACGACAGAAGAAACAAUAGAGCUUGGACUCCAUGACCAGGGGACAGACAAUCCUGCAUUUGGGGACAAAGAUGAUGAACAGCCACAGCUGACAGCUGAUCCUGGGGAGUCUCACACAGAGGAAACCCUAGAAGGGACAACAGGGAAAAAAAUAGAUUUAGUUUACUCUCUUAAUGACAGGCCUCCAUGGUACCUCUGCAUUUUGCUUGGCUUCCAGCAUUACAUUCUUGCUUUCGGUGGCAUCAUUGCAGUUCCACUGAUCUUAGCUGAACCGCUCUGUAUAAAGGACAACAACAUCGCUAAAAGUCAGCUGAUCUCCACCAUAUUCUUUGUGUCAGGAUUGUGUACGCUGCUGCAGACGACUGUUGGAAACAGGUUACCAAUCCUCCAGGGUGGCACAUUCAGUUUCAUCACUCCAACCCUGGCAAUUCUUGCAUUACCCAAGUGGCAGUGUCCUGUGCCAAAUGCACCUGUGAAACUAUUGGUGCAGUUUCAUAAUGGCACCAGUCCACUACAAAUGGAAAAUUCAGAUGAGGUCUGGAUGACAAGAAUGCGUGAGAUCCAGGGAGCCAUUCUGGUAUCCUCUCUCCUUCAGCUGACUCUAGGCUUAUCUGGGCUGGUGGGCCUUGUGCUAAGAUAUAUUGGUCCUCUGGCUAUCGCUCCCACCAUCAAUCUCAUUGGUCUGUCACUGUUUACUGAGGCUGGAAAGAAGUCUGGAGGCCACUGGGGAAUAGCUGCUCUCACAGUGGGUCUGAUUCUACUGUUCUCCCAAUAUCUCAGCAACGUUGAUGUUCCAAUGGUUGCUUACAAGAAUAAAAAAUGGAUGGUGUUCCAGUACCCACUCUUCAAGCUGUUCUCUGUUUUGUUUGGCAUGUGUGGUGGCUGGCUUAUCUGCUUCUUGCUGACCAUUUUUGAUGUCCUGCCUUCAAAGUCUGAUACGUAUGGCUUCUCAGCCAGAACCGACAUAAACCUGGAUGCUGUUACAAACUCUCCAUGGUUCCAUGUGCCUUACCCUGGUCAAUGGGGUGUGCCCACAGUGAGUUUGUCAUCAGUGCUGGGUAUGAUGGCCGGGGUCUUGGCAUCUACCAUGGAAUCUAUUGGUGACUACUAUGCUUGUGCUCGCUUGUCUGGUGCCCCUCCACCACCCAUACACGCUGUCAACCGAGGCAUCGCCGUAGAGGGUAUUGGCUGCAUACUUGCUGCUCUGUGGGGAACUGGAAAUGGCACCACUUCCUACAGCCAAAACAUUGCUGCACUGGGUAUUACCAAGGUUGGCAGCAGGCUGGUCCUCCAGACUACUGGAAUUCUGAUGAUCAUCCUGGGAAUCUUUGGAAAGUUUGGAGCAAUUUUUAUCACUAUCCCAGAUCCAGUCAUUGGAGGCAUGUUCCUCAUUAUGUUUGGAAUGAUUGCAGCAGUGGGGAUAUCCAACCUCCAGUAUGUGGAUCUUAACUCUUCACGUAACCUUGUCAUCCUGGGCUUCUCAACCUUCAGCGGUCUGGUUCUACCCACCUGGUUUCAGUCCAAUCCUGGCAUCAUUGACACUGGAAUAAAAGAGCUGGACCAAUUGAUUGUAGUGCUUUUUACCACACAUAUGUUCAUCGGUGGAUUUUUUGGAUUCAUACUGGAUAACACCAUUCCAGGUACUGACAAAGAGAGAGGUAUCAAGAACUGGCAGGACAAAGUGCAAGAUGGAAGCGAAAACAUGCAUGACCAGUCAUGCUAUGAUAUACCUUUCUGCAACAGGGUUUUGAAAAGGUUUAGAUGUUUCCAGUGCCUCCCCUUCCUCCCUUCUUACAAGACCACCCAGUAGGAGGCAGCCAUGUAAUGAUGUGAUAACUCAGUGUGCAACAUUAAUGUUGGCCUGUUAGCCCCAUUAGAACAAAGAAGUCUUAAUAGGAUGGAAUAUUCUCAAUGACAAAAUAAGUUUACAUGACACUUGCCUUAUUUCUUCAAUGCUAUUACUGUUCAUUUUAAACCUCACUGCUGACAGUGUUUUCAGUGUCACCUUUCUGCUGCAGUUUCAGUUUCCCACUUUUGUUGAUCUGGUUAAUUAUUUCUUAACAUUUUAAUCUUUGAAACAAAUACAAGUGUUUCACACUACAGAAUUUUACAUUCACAUUACAGUGUACAUGGCAUCGAUAGGCAUCCAGAGGUCAAGCUGCUGCGGCUUUAAACUUCCAUCGUGUUUCUGAAACUAUCUUUUAGACUGAACAUCCAGUGGAGACAUAAAGGCGCUGAUUCUUUAACAUUAUUAAAAUAAAAUCUAGUUUAAUCUCACUUACUGAAAACAAACAC